GAAGGAAGGAGCAGAAGAGGGAAAUCGACGAACGACAAAUCAAAGCAGAUGAGAAAGAUUCAACCUACGACAAAUCCGAUUGAUCGAACUAGGAAACAUUCUUCAGAAUCCUCUAAACCCACCAUGGAGCAAAGAAGGUGCACUUACAAGCCGGGGAGUGAUCCAAUGAGUUCAAUAUUUUCAGCAUCUCACAAGCCACAUGGGAGGCUUGUUUAUAACAAUAAUGCUCCGAGUUAUCAAGAGAGCCUGCGACGAUUCGUGAGGAAUGCGGGGAAAGAAGCUACGAUGGCAGCAGAACAAAGGUGUCGAGAGUACGUCGAAAGGGUUAAAGCACAUCUAAUUCCUGCCUACUUGAGAGAGUCCAUUACUAACUACAGUACCAGUUUUCCUUCGCUAAUCGGCGCCAAUUCUUAUCGUAGCUCCGGCCUAGAUGUUGCUUCUGGUAGUGCAACACCAAAUUUUCUCACAAAUUUCGACAGAUAUUUUGGAAAUUUCAGCUCUUUAGGCUCUACAACUGCUGAAACAAAUUCAACAAGCUUCAGAGGCAAGGAUAUUUCACCUAAUGGCACAGAUAAUGCAAUAGUUCCUAACACUAUUGAACCACCAAACAAGAAGUUAGAGACUGAUGAACUCUUAAGAUUAUUCUGUUUGAUUGGAACACCCGAGUUCUUCGAGAGAAGCAAAAGCAUUUUUUAUUCUAGUUCAAGCACAGAAAAUAAGCCAGAACAAAGCUUCAAAGCACUUCUUGGUGUUAAUGAUGGUUGCAGCUCAAAGAAUCCAGAGAAACCGUCGAAUUUGGAGCAACUUAAACAAACAGCAACAUCUAAUUCGCCAACUCGGAACUCAAAGCUCAAAGACUCGAGGACAGGGAAGCGUAAAGGGACGAGCGAACCUGAACCUGAACCCUCGCCGUUCCGAAAGGGAAUGCUUCCGAGCCACUUAGGGUUUGGCCAGUAUGCCAGAUCUAUCCAGCCCUUUCAGAUAAGAUCUCAGAAUCCUUUUGCGGCACCACAUAGUAUUUGAAGUGUU